AUACGAAGAGAAAGAGCUCGAGAAACAGAUCUCUUCCAUCGAGGGAAGGAGACUUCUCACAUGUCGUUAGAAUAGCAUACAUACACACAUACAAGGGUAGCAUACAACUCAAAGGGAGCAUGUGUAGUGCACUUGCUCCCACUGCUGCUGACUUCCAGAGUCGUCGCUCGACCCGUCGUUGUGCGCUUGAAACACGGACGGACGGACUGACGGACGGUGAGGUAGACUGACUCGGAGUGAUAGGACUUCCAUCGUUUCAUAGGCUGACUAACUCAGAGAAUGAAGAAAGGUACUUCACUCUCCGUGGACGGAGCUGACUGAUCCUCCGGCAACCACGACCCGAUAGAGAAGAACAUAGUAAACCUAGUCCACCAGUGAAGAACCUAUCUGGGACGUAUUGUGCGUGUCGACGCACCCGCCUAACUCUAGAUACGGACUACAUACGUACAUACCUACCUUGUCUUGCCUUGUCUUUCUUUCCUUUGAAAUUUGCCAACAGUGGGCCUCCAGCAGUGCUGCUCGAAAGUAGCAGUGGUGUGGUAGGUAGUAUUACUAUGAACGAGAUCCGAGGCACACUGGAAAGUUCAACGAGAAACAAAUAGAAACUACAGUCACGGAAUGAGUGUGUGAGUGAGCAAGCGAUGUGAAACCAACGCAUCAAGAUGUACAGUUACUAAGCGAACAAUGUCAUCACAUCGUCCCAUCAAGCAAAAGAGUCCCUAGUUGGUCCAAUACUGUUGAUACAGUUUGCCAUUCGGCGGAAUAAUUCGUGACCCCGUCCUCAGUUUCGUCCUAUGGGCGCUCAGUCUCAAUUGUCAUCAGAUGCCAUAGCAUCAUCUUGCCAUAUCGCCAUCACCUCCGAGAGUAUUCCUGAGAACAGUCUCACCUUCAGCAGCCAUGUCUUCCAUACGAAUUGACUCCAAGCAAUUGGAUCACAUUGAAAGCCUGGGCACUUCCCCAGCUUCAUCAUCUGAGACAUCCAAUGGGCCCCGACGAGGUUCCAACUUAUACGAGGCCAAUGCCAUAGACACAUCACCAGGCCAGCGGCAUCUUCCCGCUCAUUACCAGCCAUCACACCAGCCGUCACACCAGCCGCAUCAGCCAAUGCAUCAGUCCAUGCAUCACCAUCCAGGACUUCAUGAUGACUUUCAAACGGCUACUCUCACCCGAAGACGCGGCGGAAGAAGUCCGGCUUCCACCAUGAGCCGUGAGUUUUCAGGCUCGAUCCAACUUCAUCACCAAGCCUAUGUUCAUGGUGGAGGUUUGGGCGGGGGUUUUCAAUCACCCCUCUGUACAAAUGGGGCGCGGCCCCAUGAACUCCAGCGACCUGAUUCGGUGAUCACCACCAGCAGUAUUGUGUCCAGUGAUACAGCUAGCCAAGUGGGAGAUUCUUCCGAUGUAGGUCAUCCUCCCUCGGUUUAUGCCAUUUCCGGCCUCUAUGGGCCCAACCGUGGCCCCAGCUCCAGUUCAGCCAAAGCCCGACAUUCAGCCGAGCAGCUGACCACGGCGGAGAAGCCACGAUCGUCGACUUUACCUCAGGAGAGCUCCCUCAACAUGCACUCAGAUCUUACUCACACUCAAAAGGCCAAAACAGCCCACGCUUUCCCGACAGUGGUGCAUAGGAGGCAGAGUUCAAACCCGGUGUCAGGCACGAAUGCGGGCGGUGGUGUGCCUUUGGGGGUGAACAAAUGGCCUCAAGCUCACACCUCCCAAACUAUUCCGGCCAUUCUUCCCUCUAGUGUUGUGUCUCGAGUGAGCGGCCACCGUCGGAGUAGUUCCUACGGCCACCACCGGGCUUUGACCAACUCCGUGAGUCUGGGAGCUGGAGGGCCAUCAUCCAGCCAUCACGCGGCCGCCCGCAUUGGCCAUAGGAGAACAGGCUCCAGUGUGAUUGAGACCCUUCAAACUUUGACGUGCAGUGGAGCCGAGACGGAUAAGACACGCGAGGAGUCCAUUGCCCAGUUCCUGGAAAAUCUCAAAAAGGAACAACAAGAAAAAUUUGAAAAGCAAGAAUUGCAUGAGAUGCAAGACGAGCUUGAAGAUCUCAGGGAAUGUGGAAUCCCUGGUUGUCAUCCCGCUUUCAUACAAGGCUUUGCCAGCAUUAAGGUUUUUGUGUUUCUGCUCUCAAUCUUGGUGACGCUCCAACAAGCCCUGGCCUCGGGGUACAUCAGCUCGGUGAUCACCACCAUAGAGAAACGCUACGAGAUCCCAUCUUCCAUCUCCGGGAUUAUCGCCUCUAUGUACGAAUUGGGAAAUUUGGGCACGGUAAUCUUCGUGUCUUAUCUGGGAUCCAGACGACACAUACCCGUCUGGAUUGGCAUGGGCGUGCUCGUCAUGGGAAUUGGUUCCAUCACAUUUUCCCUGCCCCAUUUUCUGGCCGGCAAUUAUAUGCUUCGGUCCGAUCUGAAUACGAGCAAUGACAACAUUUGUCGCGUGCCCACUCACGGCGAUGGAGCCAACCCGCUCUUGGAGCAGCUUCCGGCGCUAGACAAAAUUAAAUCAUUGACUCAAGGACUGAACUCUCCACCUUUGGGACCCAACUCUAACAACUUCAUCCCGCGAGAGGACAACUGCAUUGAACAAGCCGAUGAAUCAGCGGCUAUGCCCAUUGUGAUCUUCAUGAUCGCCCAAAUGCUCUUAGGUUGUGGUGGUUCGCCGUUGUUCACACUGGGAACCACCUACAUCGAUAACCAUGUAAAGCGAGAUGACUCGUCCAUGUACAUUGGUAUCAUGUAUUCCAUGUGCGCCUUUGGACCAGUCUGUGGUUUCCUUUUGGGAGCCUAUCUCUUGUCUCAUUAUGUCGACACGUUCUCUUUUGACCUCACCAACUUACACAUAGAUUCAGGAGACACGAAAUGGAUUGGCAUGUGGUGGGGUGGGUUCCUGAUUUGCGGAGCAUCGCUCAUUAUUAUUGCCAUUCCCUUCUUUUUCUUUCCCAAGGAACUGAAGAAAGAGAAGGUCAAAGUGUACAUUGACGAAAAAUACCAUCAUGCCAUGGAUCCCAGCAUCCGACCCAAGCAUCGUAAUAGUGAAAGCUCGGAAGACGUAGAAAGCUAUGGCAAAGACAUCAAGGACAUUCCCCGCUCCAUGUGGAAGCUCCUGACCAAUAAGAUAUACAUGAUCACUUGCAUGGGAGCGUGUAUGGAGCUAAUCAUUGUCUCUGGAUUCAUCAUAUUCUUGCCAAAGUAUUUGGAGACCCAAUUCAACUUGGGCAAAAGUAUGGCCUCGAUGUUCACGGGUGGGAUUGCCAUCCCCGGGGCCUGUAUCGGAAUCUUCUUUGGCGGAUACAUUCUCAAGCGAUUGCAAUUGCGUCCCAAGGGGGCCGUUCAGUUGGUGUUGUUCUUCAACAUUCUCUGCUUGAGUUGUUACGCCAUGCUAUUCUUCUUUGGUUGCGAUAACGUCAAAAUGGCUGGCACAACCAUGCCUUACAGCACGAAUACGAGUGAGCCUUUCAAGAUUAAUUUGACAGCAUCGUGCAACUUUGGUUGCGAAUGCGACAUGAACGACGUUCAGCCCGUAUGUGGGGCCAAUGGGCUCACCUAUUUCUCACCUUGCCAUGCAGGAUGCACAAGUCUAGGGUCCACGAGCGAUAACUACACGGAUUGUGCAUGCGUUCUGAAUAGCCUGGAUGAUCCAUUUGCGGGUGCCAAUCCUCUUCACGGUGCCUCUGCGGAAGUGACCAUGGUUCCCGUGGCCACAGCCGGACCCUGUUAUAGCCAAUGCCAGAUGAUCAUGCCCUUCAUGGUGCUACUUUUCUUCAUGACCCUGGUAGUGGCUGUGACCCAAAUGCCAGUGCUCAUGGUUGUGUUGAGGUCGGUUGAAGAGGAAGAGAAGGCGUUUGCCCUUGGAAUUCAGUUCGUCAUUUUCCGCCUUUUUGGCUACAUCCCGUCGCCCAUCCUCUUUGGGAAUGUGAUCGAUUCCACAUGUUUGUUGUGGAAAUCCACGUGUGCUGGAGAAGAAGGGGGCAGGUGUCUCAUGUACGACAUCGAGUUGUUUCGAUAUAAAUAUGUUGGAGUGUGCUGUGUUAUCAAGAUUAUUUCUGUGAUCAUUUUUCUCAUUGAUUGGUGGCUAAUUCGCCAGCGUCAGCAGACCGAGAAAAAGGCCAACGUACUUACUGUAGGCGAAGUGGUCAACUCAAUCAUUUCCUUGGAUAAACUGUUUGAUCCCGAAGGGCCCCUUUGGUUGCGGAUGAACGAUCCUGAAGAAGGCGUAAAUGUGGUUCAAAGUGCGCCUUCCGGAGAAAAUCUCCAUCUCGUCGAAAACCCAAAUUCUCAGUCCAAAUACCAAAACACUGAAACGGCUGCCACUUAAGUGAAUCAUCACCCAGUGGCGGAUUCAGAUUCAAUCCAUUGUCAUGCAAUUAUUGUUGUCCAUUGCAAACAUGUUCAUCUAUUCAGAACAAAUAAUGAAAAGUUAAUAAAUCAAUCAUUAAAAGA